AUGUGUUACAAAGACAACACAUGGUUGGAAGCACUUCCGCUAAUUCUAGGCAUUCGAAACGCUUACAAACCUGAUAUCAAGACAUCAGCAGCUGAAAUGGUGUAUGGUGAACCACUCCGCCUUCCUGGAGAAAAUUUUGAAUUACAUAAAAAUUCUCAAAAUUUAAGACAUCCGACUGAUCUACUCUCGAGACUUCGACAACACGUAGCGCAUCUUCAACCAAGUAAAUAUAGUAAUCACACAAACAACAAACCAUUUAUUUUUCAGGACCUACAAACAUGCACGCAUAUUUUCCUCCGCGACGAUACUAUCAGGAAGUCACUCCAACAACCAUAUCAAGGUUCAUACGAAGUUCUUAAGAAAGAUGAUAAAACAGUAAACAUACGAACACAGAAAGGCAAUACACGGGUGUCCAUCGAUCGCAUCAAAUCAGCCUACAUCAUAGCAGAUCCAGUAGACCAAACAAUCAUCACCAACUACUUCACACGAUCAGGCCGAAAAGUUCAUUUUCGCCUAUCAUGA